AUGGGUAGGAGUUACUUUGUUGAUGAAGCUGUGGAAAAAUAUCUUGGUGGUCUUCUGGCAGAUCCCGGAUCAUGUGUGACUGGACUCCUGGCUGGUCAGUCCUCUCCUCAAAGAGAUUUUGUGGUGCUGGCCGUGCAGACUCCUCAGAGGGAGAGUGAGGGGCAGCUGAAGUCUUCUAGAGGAAGCGGCCCACUGGAUGACAUUGAUGUGCAGUGGGUCACAGAACAUGCCAGGCAGGUGUCCCGCAUGUUACCAGGAGGUCUUUGUAUUCUUGGCUUGUUUUUAGUGACCCCACCUGAACUCUCCAAAGAUGCCCAAAACACAUUAAAAAGGCUUAUAUUUGCCAUGGAUAAAUGCAUAAGUAAGGGAAGAUUGUGGGAACUGACAGAGGAGGAUGUGACGGAUCGAGUCACCCUGCACAUCUGCUCCAAAACAAAGAAAACUGUCUGCAAAACGCUUGAUGUAAAAGAUCCAAAGAGUUCGGCCAAGCCAGCAGACUGGAAGUAUCAGACAUGUGUCUCGUCAUCCUGGCCCAUGUUGACCUGCUCUGUUGAGGUGGAUUUGCAGAUCCCUUUGACAAGAUCUUCCUCUGAUAACACAGACAAGUGCAUGAAGGAUUGUCUUACGAGGUGGGCUAAACAGAUUGAGGCUGGUAACUGUCUCAUAAGUGGCAGACAGGCAUUAGAUGACUCUGAACUCAUCUCAGGACAGAAAAAGAACCUAAAGACAACCCAUCGUCAGACUUUCCCAGCACGGAUCCUUGUCUCAGAUGAGCAGCCAGAGCUGGAUGAGCGGUCCAGUGCUCUAGUUCAGCUGUGCAGUGGCUCCAUGAGGGUUCGAGGGGUGGUUCACUGCAGGGCCUACAUCCACAACAACAAACCCAAAGCCAGACAUGCAGUACAGGCCAUUAAGAGAGACAUCAUAAACACGGUUUCCUCCAGAGUGGAGAUGUUUCUGGAAGAUCUUUUAAUAAGUGAAGGGAGUCGCAAAGGUCUGUGCACUGGACAACAGGCUCUUCCUCGGCGUGUGUUUGCCCCAAUGCCCUUCUCCGGCCUGUCUGUGUGUGACUACAUGUUCCCAGAUGAAAGUACAGCUGAUGUGGCCGAUCGUCUUAAAGAGAUGCUGGACUGGGAAACACCAGAAGAGGACAUAGAUAUUAGUCUGGAGAGCAAUCAGUUAUUCUCGCCUGAAUUGGAGAUGAAUGACAGCCACAGUGAUGAUUCCAGUAAACGUGUCAUCUCAGAAGUUCAAGUUGAAAAUCCCAAGAUUCACAAAGCCCCUCAAUACUAUGCUGGUGUGGCAGUAGCAGCAACCAUUGCUCUCCUUGCCACAGCCACAUCUCUGCUGUAUUUUAGUGAGUGACAAUGGAAAUAGCAAACAAGUCUGUAUGAAUGUACAAGUGAGUGUGUAUAUUUGUAUAAUAUACUAUAUAAUCUUUCAAUAUACUAUAAAACUUUCAAAUAUAAUCCUUAAAAUUUGGACUAUAAGUCUAUUAUAGGAUUGUUAUAAUGUAAGAUACACUAUAUGGCAAAAGUAUGUGGAGACUCCUUUCUAAUAAACAGGUUUGGCUAUUCGAGUGAAGACAAUCUUAAUGUUACACUAUAUAAUGACAAUCUAGAGAAUUCUGUGCCGAACACACUGUCUGACCUUACUGAUGCCCAUUGAUGGGUUUAUUCUUUUGCAAUUGUUCUGAAAUUAGACACAUGAGCAUAAAUGAGGUCAGGUCAGGUCUGAUGUUGGGUGAUGGGCUUUUUUUUAGGCCAGUCAAACCAUUUCUCUUCUAAUUGUUGCCACAAAGUUGGAAAAAGAGUUAUUUUUGUGAUGAAGUACUGUGAUUGGGAUUUAUACUUUAAUAACAGAAUAGACAAAUCCGUUAAUUUGAAAAGGUUCACAUAUUUUUGAUAGUGUAGCUCAAAAUAUAUAUUUUUAAAUAAGUUAAUUGGGUAAUAACAUACCAGUGGCAGUUAACUAGAGGGCAAAUUACACAAUCAUGUGUUUUGUUUUGUUUUGUUUU